GUGACAGCCGCGGGGAGGGGGCGGGCGAAGAGAGGCGGCUUGGCUCCGGCUCCGAGCUCAGCUCCGCUCUGCCUCCAGCUCUGCGCUCACCUACUGUCCAAGCCUCUCGCUCCUGCUCCUGGACCCCCGGGUGGGCCCUAGACCCCGGCUGGGUCCCCAGACCCAGCUCCAGCCCGGACUCUCUCGGUCCCCAGCCCCAGCAGCGCGGCACGCCGCCAGGGGGCGCCGUGUGAGCGCCCUAUCCCGGCCACCCGGCGCCCCCUCCCACGGCCCAGGUGGGACGGGAGGGGGGCGCCGGGGGCCAUGCGGGGCCAGGGCCGCAAGGAGAGUUUGUCCGAUUCCCGAGACCUGGACGGAUCCUAUGACCAGCUCACGGGCCACCCUCCAGGCCCCACUAAAAAAGCGCUGAAGCAGCGGUUCCUCAAGCUGCUGCCGUGCUGCGGGCCCCAAGCCCUGCCCUCAGUCAGUGAAACAUUAGCCGUCCCAGCCUCCCUCCGCCCCCACAGACCCCGCCCGCUGGACCCAGACAGCGUGGAGGAUGAGUUUGAGCUGUCCACCGUGUGUCACCGGCCCGAGGGUCUGGAGCAGCUACAGGAGCAAACCAAGUUCACUCGCAAGGAGUUGCAGGUCCUGUACCGGGGCUUCAAGAACGAAUGUCCCAGUGGAAUUGUCAAUGAGGAGAACUUCAAGCAGAUUUACUCCCAAUUCUUUCCUCAAGGAGACUCCAGUACAUAUGCUACUUUUCUCUUCAAUGCUUUUGACACCAACCAUGAUGGCUCCGUCAGUUUUGAGGACUUUGUGGCUGGUUUAUCGGUGAUUCUUCGAGGAACCAUAGACGACAGGCUGAACUGGGCUUUUAACCUUUAUGACCUCAACAAGGAUGGCUGUAUCACCAAGGAGGAAAUGCUUGAUAUCAUGAAAUCCAUCUAUGACAUGAUGGGCAAGUAUACAUAUCCUGCACUCCGUGAGGAGGCCCCAAGGGAACACGUGGAAAGCUUCUUCCAGAAGAUGGACAGGAACAAGGAUGGCGUGGUGACCAUAGAGGAAUUCAUUGAGUCUUGUCAAAAGGACGAAAACAUCAUGAGGUCUAUGCAGCUCUUUGACAAUGUCAUCUAGUUCUCCAGGAGAGGGGGUCAGUUGUCCUGGGGGGACAUGAUCUAGCCCUAGUCCAGGUUGACCUCACCCUUCUCUUUCCAGGUCUGUCCUCAUCUUUGCCCUGCCCUGGGGGCUGUAGGAAUCCAAGAGCCUUGGGAUUCAGUGGUCCAGAUUGCUGGAACUGAAGGGGCCAGGGAGUGAGCAGUAUGUUCCCAACUCCUUAUGGCUUCCAUUCCCUUCCUGCCUGACAUUUAGCACUGAGAGCACCCCUGCUAUAGGAAAGGAGUGGUUCUCCAGUCCUACCCCCACUCUAGAAACCAUAACACUAAACAAAAUCUCUCCUGCUAUGGUGCUUCCCCUGUCCUUAAUCUCACAA